CUCAGUUUCUGGCCUGGGGUUCCAUGAUUACGAGCCUUCAAAUUCGGAGAAAACAGUUGGAAAAGCGCUCAGGUGCAAAAAGUCCUUCCACCAGCGGAAUUGGAGCUGAAGCUGAAGCCAAAGCCAAAGCAGUUGCUGGAGAUCCCCUUGGAUCGCUUUGCUCUUUGCUUGCAGCUGGGGCGCAGGUUUAGGAAGCAAUCAUGGCUUUUGGCGGCUAUGGAGUGCAGGGGAUGCUUAAGGAUGGGCACAAGCUGCUGUCUGGUUUGGAUGAGGCCGUGCUCAAGAACAUCGAGGCGUGCAAGCAGCUGUCAAAGAUUACAAGGUCAUCGCUGGGGCCAAAUGGCAUGAACAAGAUGGUGAUCAACCAUCUAGACAAGCUCUUUGUCACUAGCGACGCCGCCACGAUUGUGAACGAACUAGAGGUGGCACACCCCGCAGCCAAGCUGCUGGUUUUAGCUGGCAAAGCGCAGCAAGAGGAAAUCGGGGAUGGCACAAACCUGGUGGUCACAUUAGCAGGAGAGCUGCUCCAAGGAGCAGAGGACCUGAUAAGAAGCGGCCUGCACCCUAGUGAAAUCCUGGCUGGGUACAACAAGGCAUGCCAAAAAGUGCUGGAAUACCUGGAGGCUCUAGUGGAGCCAGGCUCGGACAAGAUUGACGUUCGGAACAAGGAUGAUGUGGCAAAGCGGAUGACUGCGGCAGUGGCAAGCAAGCAGUAUGGCCAGGAGGAUAUUCUCUGCCCCCUGAUAGCCGAGGCCUGUAUACAAGUGGCCCCCAAGAACCCGGCCAACUUCAACGUGGACAACGUGCGGGUGGCCAAGAUCGUGGGAGGUUCCAUCUACGACAGCAACGUGGUGCAGGGGAUGGUGAUCAAGCGGGACGCAGAAGGAACCAUCAAAAGGGCAGAGAAGGCUAAGAUCGCCGUCUUUGGCGGCGGUUUGGAUACCUCUGCAACCGAGACGAAGGGCACGGUGCUCAUUGAGAGCGCGGCGCAGCUAGAGGGGUACACCAAAAGCGAAGAGGACAAGAUGGAGGCGCUGAUCAAGGCGAUUGCGGACUCGGGCGCCAAGGUGGUCGUCAGCGGGCAGGCGGUGGGGGAGGUCGCAAUGCACUUCUGCGAGCGGUACAAGCUUAUGGUCCUGAAGAUCCUAUCCAAGUUCGAGCUGCGUAGAUUCUGCAGAGCCACAAACUCGACGUCAUUGGUGCAAGUGGGCAAGCCCGAGGCUGACGAGCUUGGUUACGCUGACAUUGUAGAGGCGCAGGAAAUCGGGGGGCAACGGGUAACAAUCGUGAGGAACGAGACUGGCGGCAACCACAUCGCCACCGUGGUGGUCCGAGCUAGUACAGACAACAUCGCUGAUGACAUCGAACGGGCCAUCGAGGACGGUGUGAAUGCCUACAAGGCGAUGGGCAAGGACCCGCGCUUGGUUGCCGGCGCGGGCGCCACCGAGAUAGAGCUCGCCAAGAGGCUGAGGGAGUAUGGCAGGAAGGAAACCGGGCUGGACCAAUACGCUAUCCACAAGUUCGCGGACAGCCUGGAGGUGGUCCCCCGGACGCUGUCCGAGAACGCGGGCCUCAACGCGACGGACAUCAUCAGCGGUCUGUACGCUGCUCACGCGCGUGGGGAGCACAAGGCCGGGAUCAACGUCGACGAGGGGACCAUCCAGGAUCUGACGACAAAGAGCGUCUGGGACCUGUACGCAACAAAGUACUGGGCCAUCCGCCUCGCCGCUGAUGCUGUGGUCACCGUCCUGCGCGUAGAUCAGAUUAUCAUGGCCAAGCAAGCUGGCGGGCCAAAGAAACCUGAAGCCGGCGGAAUGGACGAAGACUAGAAUCCGGAUGAAGCAUUUUCUUUGAAACUCAAAGAGAAAGCUUUCUUGCUGCAAUCUCCAAAUACGCGACCUGCCGUCCAUGGGGGCAUUGACCCAAGAAAGUGCGGGGCAAGUGGGAUGAUGAACGUUCUGCCAAACGGAUUGUCCUCAAGCCUCAUUCUCAUUGCCAUGCAGCCUUCGCAUUACAAUCACACGAUGUCAGC